AUGUUACCCGAGCUGACCUAUUAAUAUUUCGCCUAUACAUGAUACUCGAUGAUGGCCGAGCCAUGCGUUUAUUGCAAGAACCUCCGGUGUACCAGUGCUAUGCCGGCAUCCCAUUUCUGGAUCUUCGACAUCUGAACUAAGUUUGGUCCUGCCAGUGCCUCGUGUUUGAUUUGGAUUGUUGAGAAAGGGAAGCUUACGACAAUUGCCAGCUGGAAAUCGAAAUGAACGUCCGCUCACGAUGACAACCAUAGACCUCACCACCAGACGCUUUACCCCGUGUCACUUCCUCAGAUUACGACCGUAUCAUUUGGCGACUCCGAACAACAUAGCUUACCCAUCUCCGCACUUGAGUCAUGAAAUCAAAAAAUUUCUCUAUCUGUUCUUCUUAAGCACAAGCCCCGGGUGCUGCGCGCUACAUCUACCAAUAUAUAUAUUCGAGUGUCUACUAUCAUUCCAGGAUCCCCGUCUACUCUACUCAUGUAUUCAGAUGUCCCAGUACCCAUUGCUGCCACCCUUUCGUUGGAUAUGACCAUGGGCGCUAUCUUUGUUGGUGUAAUGAUUAGUGCUAUGUUGUAUGGGAUAAGCGUUCAUCAGCUCGCCAUAUACUACAGACUGUUGGAAAACGGGGUAUCGAACUUUCCACGCUUUUCCUACGACUUCUACCUUAAUAAGCGAACUCGGCAUGAUGCCGGAUUGCCAAAUCCCAACACAGACGAUACACUAAAGACCCGCGGCUCUUCCGAUAUUCAGAUCCUCGAUACUAUUCAACUGGGCCUGGCUAUUCUUGCACUCUACUUCUACCUUGUCACCUACCGUGGAAAUUAUCAGGUUCUGCUUCAGCUCAACUGGAGUAUCCGGUCACAGUAUCCUUUCAGUAUGGCGUCCGAUGUUGGCGUCCAAGCGUUAUACGCCGUUAGAAUAUGGAAAUUUUGUCUCUGUCGCGGCUUCGUUGGGCUGCAUAAUUCAAGCCGGGUGAAUCUUUACGGCGGCCCAUACAAUCUUCUAAACUUGCCGAGUAUCAGGGUACCCCUAUACAUACCUUGGGUUGCGACUGCAACGACAGAUCUCGUCAUCGCCGGAAUAACGUGCUUUUACUUGCAUAAGGGGAAAGAAAUUACCCGCAGGUCCAGUACAAUCAAGAUCAUUACAGCGUUGAUGCCCUUCGUAGUAAUGUCCGGGUUGAUGACAUGGUAA